AUGCAUGUGACCUUGUUCAAGAUAGUGGAGAAUGUCAGCAUUACGUUCUGAAGUGGUACUACGACAAAAAACGGAAAAUCUGUGGUCAGUUCUGGUAUGGGGGCUGUGGAGGCAAUAAAAAUAGACAAGCUAUUGAUAUAGGGGGUGAAGAAGCAGUGAGGUGGAUUGAAAACUGGCUGAAUGGCCAGGCCCAGAUGGUGGGAAUCAGUGGUGCAAGGUCUAGUUGGAGGAGAAUAAUUAGCAGUGUACCACAGGGGUCAAUACUGGGACCAGUCCAGUUUAACAUCUUCAUUAAUUACCUGGAUGGUGAGGCAGAGUGUACCCCCAGCAAGUUUGUAGAUGGCACAAAACUGGGAAGUGUUGCUGUUAUGCCAAAGGGUUGUGCUGCCAUCCAGAGAGACCUGGACAGGUUGGAGAAAUCGGCUGACAGAAACCUUGUGAAAUUCAACAGGAAGAAGUGA